AGCACCCGUGUUCCUCUGCUUUUCCCAUCUUUAUAUAAACAGCAUCGUCGCAGUUCGCUUAGUUUCAGUCACUCGGCAGCGAAGAGUUUGACAGAAGAAGAUGGGCGUGCCUGCAUUCUACAAAUGGCUGGUUAGCAAAUAUGACAAGGUUAUAGUGAAAGCCCGCCAAGACACAGGAGAAACUGAAGAUGCCACCUUGUCUAAUUCCAAUGCCCAAGUCUUUGAUAACUUGUACCUUGACUUGAAUGGAGUCAUCCACCCCUGCCUCCGCCCAGAUGACGAUGAUAGCACUCCGACAACGAUCGAAGAAGUAUUCCACAAUGUAUUUGAACACAUUGAUCGGCUUUUCAACAUAGUUAAGCCUCGCAAGCUCGUGUAUGUGGCAAUAGACGGAGUAGCCCCUCGGGCCAAAAUGAACCAACAGCGAUCGAGGCGUUUUCGAUCAGCAAAAGACGCGGAAAUAAGGGAAUGGGAGGAAAACAGGUUGAGAAGGCAGUUCGAAAUGGAUGGCAAACAAGUUCUUCCAAAACGAGAACCGGAUGUUUCCGACUCCAAUGUGAUUACACCGGGCACCGAGUUCAUGCACAGACUAUCAAGAGCCCUGCAAGACUAUAUCUUUGAGAAGAUAACCCAUGAUCCAUCUUGGAGGAAUAUUAUGGUGAUUCUCUCUGACGCCAAUGUCAGUGGAGAAGGAGAACAUAAAAUUACGUCUUUCAUACGAAGGCAGAGGACUCUGCAAGAUUAUGAUCCAAAUACCACACACUGCUUAUAUGGGCUGGAUGCUGACUUGAUAAUGCUAGCCCUGGCAACACAUGAACCACAUUUUUCAAUACUACGAGAGGUUGCGGUCACAGCAGAGCAGCAACCAAAAAGUGCGGCAAUACCUUUCGAGUUUGUGGACAUUAGGUUGUUGAGGGAAUACCUUCAACAUGACUUGAACACACAAGAUCCACCCAAAGAAUUCAACAUCGAAUUUGAGAGGAUAAUUGAUGAUUUCAUCUUCAUUUGCUUUUUGGCUGGAAAUGAUUUCCUGCCUCCCUUGCCUUCUUUGCAAAUUCACGAGGAUGCUGUGGAUUUACUAAUGACAGUUUACAAGAAAGAGUUCAAGAAUAUUGGAGGGUAUCUUGUUGAUAUGAGUAAGGUCGAGGACGGGAAAGCCGCUUUUGUGAAGUUAUCAAGAGUUGAAAAAUUCAUCCUUUUGGUUGGAACAUAUGAAGAGAAAAUUUUCACAAAAAGAUCCGAAAUAAGAGAGAAAGUAUUGAGAAGAUGUAUGAGAGAAUAUGAACAGUCUAAACAGGAAGAGGAGAAUGCAAGUUCUGAACAAUGCUACGAAAGUACUUCGGCAUCUGUUUUCCUCUGUGAGAAUCCCACUGUUUCUGCUGAUUCAGAAGAGCAGCAGAUUAUGCAGAACACAAAGGAGUUAAAAGAACAAUUAAAUAAUUGCAUCAAACGCAAAUUAGAUCUCUAUAGAAGUGGAGUGUUUCCAAAUGAUAAGGUAAAAUUAGGAACACAGGGUUGGAAAGAAAGGUAUUAUAAAGUGAAAUUCUCUGUGGAAAGUAUCGAAUCCAAGAGAAAAGAAAUAGUCAAUAAGUACACAGAGGGACUGUUAUGGGUGCUUAAAUACUAUUAUUUUGGUGUUCCUUCGUGGUCAUGGUUUUACCCUUACAAUUAUGCACCUUUUGCUUCGGAUUUUAGGGGCAUGACUCAGGUGAGAUUAAACUUUCACAAAGGGGUCCCAUUAAAACCUUUUGAUCAGCUCCUAGCUGUUCUGCCCCCCAGGAGCGCUCAUGCACUACCGAAGUCAUAUUCACAAUUGAUGGUCGAUGAGCAAUCAAACAUAAUUGACUUUUAUCCACAUAAUUUUGAAGUUGACACGGAUGGAAAGCGGUUCAUGUGGCAGGGCACGUUGAAACUUCCAUUUAUAGAUGAAGCGCGGCUUUUGACUGAAUCAAGAAAACUCGAGAAGGAGUUAACUGAAGAAGAAGCAAUUAGGAAUUCAGUAGGUUCAGACCUACUGUUUGUUGCAGGAUCUACCAAGCUAGCGGCGAAGAUUAGAUCUUCCCGGCAAAAUGUAGCAAAUAAGAUUGAAAUAAGCAUAAGUGAUGGAAUCGGGGGUUUCGUAAGACCCUGCACUGAGGAUGUUAAGGUAGAUUUUGAGUCUCAGGAGGAUUGUGCCAUAUGUGCUUAUUAUGAGCUGCCAGGUGGUGGUAAACGUAUUCCUGGUUUACUUCAUGGCCUGAACCUACCGGAAAAGACAAUCUCUGGUGAUGAUAUUAUGGAAACCGCACUCUGGCAUGAACGGUCCCAAUAUGAAAGCAAGUUUAGAAAUGCCAACAAUUACCAUAAUACAUGGAAAACUAACGAAGGUGGUAGCAGCAGAAACGCAAACAGCAAUUACAAUAAUACAUGGAAAACUAACGAACGAAGUAGAAGCAGCUUUGGAUCCUCCUCAUAUGGUAGCGUCAUUUACAAAGGUGGAGGUGUUGGAUGGAGUUCAGGUUCAGGUAGGGGCACUCCCAGUGCUGACGUGGGACUUGAUCGGAAAAUGCAGUCACUGGUAGUAUCACAUCCCCAAUCCAAUCAAACCCCCAGUCGUAGUUCUGGAACAGUGUCGUUUCCGGCAUCCAGCAGAAACAGUUCCGCGUAUCAGUUCAGCAGUAAUAGCAGUAAUCAUGGGUUUCAAGCUGACGCGAAACCUUUUGUUUGGGGUCGAGGCAGAGGCUCUCAUGCCUCCGAUCGUGUAAAUUCCUGGAGGAAAUCUUGAAAUGGAUUUCCUAAUCAAACAUGAAAAUCUCGGGGGUAAAAGUUGAAAUGUUGUUUCAGGUUUCUCUACGCAAAUGACUGCCUUUUUGACUUAA